AUGCUCUUCAAAUUGAUCCAGAAAUACAACAGGAAGGGCUAUUUAGGAAAUGUUAUUAUAGAAUUUGGAAAUGGUAAACUAAAAAUAAUUAGAAUGGUUUAAAAAAGAACAUUUAGAUAAUAUUAUAGCUUUAGCUGCAAUUUCACAUGUUAGAAAACAUAAUUAAGCCGCUAUAUAAACUUUUUUUAUUAUAAAAAUUUAUAUGAAUAAGAAUAUGAAUAAAAAAGUAAUACUAUAUUCUUUAAGUUAAGCUUUUAUGAUCGCUAAGAAAAAUGCACACGAAUUUAAAAUUAAUAUAAAAUAGCAUCAAUUUAAGCAUUUCAAACAUCUUUAGAAACUUCAUCUAGAAUGGAUAGAUAGUUUAUAAAAGUAAAUAAUAGUAGAAAAAUUAUGGGAUAAACAAGAUUAGGUCAUUUUUCACCUAUAGGAUGCAUUCAUUUACAAAAAAAAUAAAAAAAGUGAUGCUUUUUGAUGUUGUAAGGUAUCUGAAAUAGCAAUGUAAGAUUCAAGUAUCCUCCAUAAUGAUGUGGUUUUGAUUUACUUUAUAAUUCCAUUGCUCCAAUAGAUAAAGAUAAUAAUAUGA